CCGGCUGGGCGGGGUGUGUCCGGCCGCGCGGUCCCUCCGCCCCUGGGUCCCGUCGCCACACGCCGCCGAAACUCUGGACCAGGCGCGCUUUCCUCCCCGUCGUCCCUCGCGUUGACCGGAGUCGGGCGCACACAAUGUCGAUCGCGGUCAGCAACAGGUUCCAAGGAGGGAAGGCUUUCGGCUUGCUCAAAGCUCGGCAGGAGAGGAGGCUGGAGGAGAUCAACCGGGAGUUCCUCUGUGACCAGAAGUACAGCGAUGAAGAGAACCUGCCAGAAAAGCUCGCAGCUUUCAAAGAGAAAUACAUGGAGUUUGACCUGAACAAUGAAGGCGAGAUUGAUCUUAUGUCUUUAAAGAGGAUGAUGGAGAAGCUGGGGGUCCCCAAGACCCACCUAGAGAUGAAGAAGAUGAUCUCGGAGGUGACAGGGGGUAUCAGUGACACCAUCUCCUACCGAGACUUUGUGAAUAUGAUGCUGGGCAAACGGUCAGCUGUCCUUAAACUGGUCAUGAUGUUUGAAGGAAAAGCCAAUGAGAGCAGCCCAAAGCCAGCUGGCCCACCUCCAGAGAGAGACAUUGCCAGCCUGCCCUGAGGACCCACCUGGACCUUCCAGGAUGUCACCCCUCCCCCACCCACCCGACUUACUGUGAUCUGUCGUCUGUGUUUUGUCCUAGCACAUUUGUUUCAUGCCUUAAUGAGACUGGGGAAUCCUGGCCUCAGGGCCCCUCCUCUCUGCUUCCUACUGCCCUGCCCUCCCUAUACAGAAGGGCUGACAUCAAACCAAAAACUGGAGAGGGCAUGGAGGCUGCAAAUCUGAGUCCCCAUGUUUGAAGAGGGUCUUGUCCAUCAGUUCAUCUUUCUAGGUUUCUCUUUUUGUUUGUUUGUUUUCUGGUUUUUUAACAGCCCUGGCUGUCCUGGAACUCACUCUGUAGAGUGGCUGGCCUUGAACUCACAGAGAUCCACCUGCCUCUGCCUCCCAAGUGCUGAGGAUAAAGGCAUUUUCCACUACCA